AUGACUAAAAUCGAUCUCAACUCAAUCAAGAUCCAAAACGGGAGAUUGGUAGACACUAUUCAUGAAACAGCCAAAUGGGGAGCUAAGGGGGUUUGGGGACCCGGCCCCACAGAAACUGGAGUUUGUCGAUUGGCAUUGUCGGACUUGGACAAAUCAGUUCGUGAUUGGUUUGCUAAAGAAACUACUGCUUUAGGCUGCAAGAUCAAGAUUGACCAAGUAGGAAACAUAUUUGCUAUCUUUCCUGGAAAGAAUAAUGAUGCCUUACCUACUGGUGUAGGAUCUCAUUUGGAUACUCAACCAAGUGGCGGUCGAUACGACGGUGUUCUUGGAGUCUUGUCAGGGUUGGAAGUGUUGCGUACAUUAAAAGAGAACAACAUUGUUCCUAACUACCCAAUUGCCUUGAUUAAUUGGACCAAUGAAGAAGGAGCAAGAUUUCCAAUUAGUAUGGUUGCACUGGGAGUAUGGGCCGAAGCUAUUCCGUUGGAAACCUGUUUGAACUGUGAAUCGAUUGACGAUGAGACCCCUAAAAAGUUUGGCGAUGAAGUAAAAAGAAUUGGGUACGCUGGUGAUGUUGCUGCAUCGUACAAAGAAAAUCCUUUGGCUUGCCAUUUUGAGAUCCACAUUGAACAAGGCCCAAUUUUGGAGCAUGAAGGUAAGAAAAUUGGUGUUGUGGUAGGUGGACAAGCUUUCGAAUGGAACUUGGUCACUGUCACAGGAAGAUCUUCUCAUGCUGGUACUACCCCUAUGAAUACAAGAUCAGAUGCAUUGCUCAUGUCAUCAAAAAUUAUCAUCAUGGCCAUUGAGACAGCUACUGCUCAUGGCGGUCUUGCCACUGUUGGUACACUCCACUUGGCUCCUCAAUCAGUUAAUGUGAUCCCUAAUGAGGUUAAGUUUUCGUUAGAUGUGAGGCACAUCGAGGAUGAGGUUGUUGCUAAAAUAAUGUCAGAGAUAAAAACAAAAGCAACUGAUAUUUGUGAUGUUGGUAUUGGAUCAAAUCUUGCUAAACCAUUAUCUGUCAAAUUCGAUAACUUGACGGUAUCACCAGCCAUAAAGUUCAACCAGACUAAUAUCGAAACUGUUAAAAAAGCGGCAUUGCUGUUAUUUGAUAAAAAGGAUAUUAGAGAAAUUACCAGUGGUGCAGGACAUGACUCGUGUUAUGCUAGUAGGAGAGUUCCCACGUCGAUGAUUUUUAUUCCUUCAAAAGAUGGUGUUUCUCAUAGUCCAGAGGAGUACUCUUCUCCAGAAGACGUUGAUAACGGGUUUCAAGUUUUAUUGAGAACAGUAUUGUUAUAUGAUGAGUUAAGAGCAGAAAAUGAAGGAGCUUGA